AUGCCUCCGGUGGAGCCGUUCCUCCUGCGCUCCGCGACCAUGUGGCUGCUCCUGCAGAGCGUCCUCCUCCUGGCCUCCUGCCUCCGCUCGGCCGCCGCCUUCCCCAAGGGCUGCUACCCCUCGGAGGAGGAGGGGCUGAAGACCUUCCGCUGCAGCAACGCUCAGCUGACCGAGGUCCCCAAAGACAUCCCCAACGACACCAACAAGCUCUACCUGGACUCCAACCGAAUCCCCUUCCUGCCCCGCGAUGCCUUUCGGGACCUGCCGCUGCUGCUGGAGCUGGACCUGUCCCACAACGCCAUCGCCGGCGUCGAGAGCGGGGCUUUCCGCGGCCUGGGCGACCACCUGCACUCCCUGGACUUGUCUUCCAACAGGCUGGUGUCGGUCAGCAAGGACGCCUUCAGCAACCUGAAGGCCAAGGUCAACCUCUCUAACAACCCUUGGCUGUGUGACUGCCGGCUGCAGGAGCUGAUCCGCACGGUGGAGCUGGCGGCCGGCUCCUCGGGCGGCAUCGUCUGCGACUCCUCCGUGCAGGAGGAGCACGUCGGCAAAGCCUUCCUGCAGGUGAUCGCGGACACGGACUUCUGCAACAUGUACAAAAAGACCACGGACAUCGCCAUGCUGGUCACCAUGUUCGGCUGGUUCGCCAUGGUGAUCUCCUACCUGGUCUACUACGUGCGGCAGAACCAGGAGGACGCCCGGCGGCACCUCGAGUAUCUCAAGUCCUUGCCCAGCAAGCAGCGGCGCUCGGAGGAGUCGUCCACCAUCAGCACCGUGGUGUGA